GGCUAGCUGUGGGCUUGGGCCUGGGAGCGCUGGCUGAGGUGACCAAGAAGUCUCUGCCAGGAGGAAGACUGCAGCACGAGGGCAGCAGCUCUGGACUGGGCUCCAGCCCAUUCCUUUCCGAGGCCAAUGCUGAGAGGAUCGUUCAGACCUUAUGUACAGUCCGGGGGGCUGCCCUCAAGAUCGGCCAGAUGCUCAGCAUCCAGGACAACAGCUUCAUCAGCCCCCAGCUGCAGCGGAUCUUUGAGAGAGUCCGCCAGAGUGCCGACUUCAUGCCCCGCUGGCAGAUGCUGAGAGUUCUAGAAGAGGAGCUGGGCAAGGACUGGCAGGACAAGGUGGCCUCUCUUGAGGAAGUGCCCUUUGCUGCUGCCUCCAUUGGGCAGGUACACAAAGAAAUGCUAAAAGAUGGGACUGAGGUAGCUGUGAAGAUCCAGUACCCAAGUGUUGCCCAGAGCAUCCAGAGUGACGUGCAGAACCUGCUGGGCCUGCUCAAGAUGAGUGUGGGCCUGCCAGAGGGGUUGUUUGCUGAGCAGAGCCUGCAGUCCUUGCAGCAGGAGCUGGCAUGGGAGUGUGACUACCAAAGAGAGGCUGCUUGUGCCCAGACCUUCAGAAAGCACUUGGCCAACAAGCCCUUCUUCAGGGUGCCAGCCGUGGUCCCGGAGCUGUGCACGAGACGCGUGCUGGGCAUGGAGCUGGCUGGGGGGAUCCCUCUAGACCAGUGCCAGGGCCUGAGUCAGGACAUCCGCAAUCAGAUUUGCUUUCAGCUCCUGAGGCUGUGUCUGCGAGAGCUGUUUGAGUUCAGAUUCAUGCAGACGGAUCCCAACUGGGCCAACUUCCUGUAGUGACUCUACUGGACUUUGGUGCAAGCCGGGCGUUUGGAACAGAGUUCACAGACCAUUACAUUGAGGUGGUGAAGGCUGCUGCUGACGGAGACAGGGAUCGGGUCCUGAAGAAAUCCCAGGAUCUCAAAUUCCUCACAGGCUUUGAAACCAAG